GAGACUAUUCGUCACUUGCUGUUUUCACUGACAUUCGAAGAAAAAAUAGAAAUACGCAUACGAUAAGAAAUAUCACUUAGCAAUAGAUUUUAUUAAAUUUUCAUAAAAUCGAAUGAAAUUGAUGUCGAACCGUUUGUAUUAUCAAUUUGGUUGACAUGACCGCACAAAUACAAUAACAUCACCUGUUUUUGUUUGUUUCUGUUUCUGUUUUUGUUUUUGUUGAAGUGUCAUAAUUUUAAUUUUCUUUCUCACACAUAAAGAGUAAGUGAAUCGAAUCAAAUUGAGUUGAUAUUUAAACUGUCGAUUAUUUCGUCGUGGAUUUUUAUGUAAUGUAUCAAAAUUGAUACAAACAAAUGUGAUAUGUAUUUAAUCGGUAGCUACGAAAAACGUGUCGUUUCAAAAUAAAAGGAAUCUCAUCAACUCCGGUUGAACAGAAAAAGAAAACGACAACAACAAUAAAAUACUCUCGAUUCGAUUCCAAAAGUCAUUCCACUGAAAUAACCCGUGCAAAAGUGUUUAUGUUUGCUGCUUUUAGUUUUUUCGCUCGUGCACUUUUCAUUUAGAUUCAAAUCACGAUACACACAUAAUAAAAAAGAAGAACCUUAAUUUAAUUGAUUGAACAAAAUGUAAUGUACAGUCAGUGAAAAAGGCAGCUACCGUAUGUCUGCAAGUGAAGAAGAAGUGCAAAGUACAAUGGAAAACGAAUGAGUCACAAAUCAAGUGUCGUACAAAUGUUUGUAAACAUAAGUUAUUAUCGAGAAAAGUUGAUUUUUUUUGUUUACUCUGAGAUAUUAUUUUUUUUCUAAAAUGCAACCAUUGCUAAGUGAAAAUAUAAAACUUAAAUGUGAAAUCAAUUAGUUUUCAUCGAAUAAAAUUUGGAAAACGGUGCUUAUUUUUUAUUGAACAUUUUGUUUUGGUGUGAUAUGACAAACUCUUCCUAAAAUUGAACACAAAGAAUGAUAGACUGUGGUCAUAUCAAUGAGUGAAAAAUGUCUUCCGCCGAGCGACGUGAUAUUCGGUUUGCUGCCGAAACCCUCUACUAUCGAAAUCCUCAACGGCCUCCGCUGAUUCUAUCUCGGUCUCAUCACACUCAAUUGGAUUUGUUGAGUUUUGUUAAUGAGGAUUACAUCGCUGGCUACACACAGGAUGGACAAAUGUCAACCGUUCGUCGUUUUUUCUGCUUAUUUGUAGCGUUUGAUUUAUUUUUCAUAUCAAUGUUGUGGUUCAUCUGCAUUAUGAUAAAUGGUGAUACCAUAUUGAAUGCAUUAAAAGUUCAAGUCGUACAAUAUUCAAUUUACACAUCUUUAUUCGACAUUAUUCUGGCAGCUUUUGUUCGCUUUUUAUUGCUUAUAAUAUUUUAUGGAAUUUUAGCCAUAAAUCAUUGGAGCAUUAUUGCUUUUACUACAACUGCUUCCUGUGCUUUUUUAGUUGGCAAAGUCUUUUAUUAUAAUUGGUUGGUAUCAGCACAGCCAAUAAUUCAGGUGUUAAUGAUCAUUGUUUCGUGCUUGCUGGCUUGGGGUGAGGCUUGGUUUUUGGAUUGUCGUGUCAUUCCGCAAGAGAAAAAUGCGCAACGAUUUUAUCGCCUCUUAAUGUCACAAGUAGAUGAUAACGAAAGAUCGCCUUUGCUUGAAUCAUAUUUGAAUACACUACACAACUUUGGACAGACUGAUAGCAGCGUUGCAAACUUUUACUCGCCCAUUGAGUCGGCACAUAAUAGCGAUUCGGAAGGCGAUGAAAAUGAAUUGUACAAAAACAAAGCCAUCGCUGAUGCUCAAGCCGCUUUUGAAUUAAUGGAAAGCAUUGACUGGAAAGUGGAAAAAAUGAUUGCGUCGACUGGUGAUCGUAUUCAAUCGACGAAUAGGAAGAAAUUUGGAAAAAUCUAUCGAUUAACGGGUCAAAUGAAUUUAUCGGCAAAGAAACUGUUACGUACGUUAUAUUAUGGCAUUGAAGAAAUGCCGACAUGGAAUCCAACCGUACUGCAAGCAAGAAUUCUCAAGAAAAUCGACAAUCACACUGAUAUUACGUAUUCAGUGUCGGCGCCUGGUGCCGGUGGGCUAGUUGAAAGUCGAGACUUUGUGAAUUUACGAAGUUGGCAAGUUAUUAAAAAUGGCAACAUCAUCGAAGAUGAUGUACUGAGCAAUGACAUAACACUAACCAACGAAUCAUCACUCCAAAGCGAUAAAACUGUACAGCAAAUUAUGAGAUCAACAAGUGAAUCCGACCUAACGGAAAAUCAGAUUCAAAGUUCAUCAAUCAUGGAUCAGUCAGUGUAUUCAUUGAGCAGAAGUUUGGGUGCAAAAGUGUUUAGCGAUGAUGAAUUCGAGACACCGGUUGCCGAAAUGUUUAACAGCAAAAGUACCACCGACGAUAAUGAUGAAUUUGUUGACGCAAACGAUUCACAGGGUGCUCAUAGUAAAAAUGAUUCACCAAUGCAAUUGCAUCGGUCGGAAGAGGUGGAACAUAUUAAAGAGAUAGCUAAUGAAUUGUGUGAUAAAAUUUAUCUUGUAUCGGGUGUUAGUAUUAAAUAUGAUCAUAUGCCUACAGUUAAAGAAUACACGCGCGGUGAGAAUCUAAUGGCAUGUUGGGCCAUGCGGGAAUCAAAAACCGAUCCAAACAUCUGUACAUUUGAUUGGGUCAUGUGCAUAGAUUUAAAAGGACGUUUUCCUCGUUUUGUUCUAGAUAAGGCAUACACAUCGGUUAUGACAGAGUUUAUGAGUCAUCUGCGAAAAUAUUGUGAAUCAAGCGAAGCUACAGCAUAAAAGUGUACCACAAUCAUCUCAUUCUACUAUCACAUGUUCGAAACAGAUUACACCGUCAUCUUAAAUCUUAUUUUGCUUUAUUUUUUUUUUUAAUUUUUAAUUUUGUUGAUCUUAAGAAUAAAAAAAUGUUGCACUUAAUUUGAAUGAUA